AUGUUGAAGAAGACUGCGGAAUAUUCCAUUGAGUGUUCAAAGAACAAACAGCCAAGCUCCUUCCGGGUCAGCGAUAAUCACCGCCACCCCAGUCGGCCCUCGGUCCCUCGAAGGGAAAGCCCAGAGCGCGAGGGCCGGGUCCCCACCGUCACCGGCGAGGGGCAGCGGCUGCCGCCGCCUCUGUGCGCCUCCGCCAGUGGCACCGGGGCCCCAGCGCCGGGCCAGGCUGGGGCGGCUGCCGAGCCGGCGGAGCUCAUCCGGCGCGCCCACGAGUUCAAGAGCCAAGGGGCGCAGUGCUACAAGGACAAGAAAUUCCGCGAAGCCAUCGGCAAAUACCACCGCGCGUUGCUGGAGCUGAAGGGGUUGCUGCCGCCCCCCGGGGAGCGGGACUCGCGCGCGGCCUCCCCGGCCGGGGCUCUCAAAACCGGUCGCCUCUCGGAGGAGCAGAGCAAGACGGUGGAAGCCAUCGAGAUCGACUGCUACAACAGCCUGGCAGCCUGCCUGCUCCAGGCUGAGCUGGUGAACUAUGAGCGAGUUAAGGAGUAUUGCCUAAAAGUUCUAAAGAAGGAAGGGGAAAACUUCAAGGCCCUUUAUCGGUCUGGCGUGGCCUUCUACCACCUUGGAGACUAUGAUAAAGCACUCUACUACCUGAAAGAAGCAAGGACCCGGCAGCCAACAGACACCAACGUGAUUCGGUAUAUCCAGUUGACAGAAAUGAAGCUCAGCAGAUGCUCUCAGAGAGACAAAGAAGCCAUGUAA